GAGAGGGAGAGAGAGACGCGUGCAGCAUACGAAAGACGACGGUGGCGUUUCUUUGGUGAGGUAUCACGAACGAGCUCGACGAAGAGAAGGGAGCAUCAUCGGUGCAGUGAAGUCAACAAGGACGGAAAUAACGCCGGCGAAGCGAAGUAGAUAAAGAUGGAAAUACCCUGGCGAGAGAUACUAUCGGCGCGAGUAGAGUAGACGACGACGAUAGCACUAUCGGCACGGUGAUAUAAAUAAGGACGAAGAGACCACCCGAAUGCUGUGGAAUAGACGAGAAUGGAGAUACCAUCGACGCGAUGAAGAAGACGAAGACGAAAGUAUCAUCGGCGCGUCGCAGCCGACGAGGACAAAGUUAGAGCGAGACAGAAGAGAUGGCUAGAGGGUGAAGAGAGGAGGGAAAGCGUAGAGGGGUGAGGGAACGAGGUGGCCGCGUCUGGCUAGCUCGAGACACCACUCCCCACUCGGUCUGGCCGCUCUCUCCUCUAGCUUCCUCUCUUUCUCUCUCUCUCUCCUCUUUCAGUGUUCGUUCGAACGCGGCCCGGUACGGUUCUACUGCCCCCGUGGUGUCGAAGGGUCACCGCUUCGUGAUGGGAGCUCACUGCCGUGGUGAUAUUGGCGGGUUUCCUCGGUAGCCGGUUCCUGACGCCGAAUGUACCUUCCUCAGGGUGGCCCGCACGGCGGUUCUAGUUCGCCUUUUCGGUAAGGGUAGGUGUGCGUGAGAGGAGGAAAGUUAACGGGGUGGAAGUGCGUGAAAAGUGUACGAGGAAAGACAAGACAGUGAGAGACAGAAAAAGCCUUCUCCAAGGCUCUCCGAUGAGCCAAACGAUGUCGAGGACCUCGAUUAGACGACAGAGUUAAAUAAGGAGGCUGGAGAAAUUUGCUCGCGCUGGACCAGAAUAAUCAACUUGGCGGUGCAGUUGUUGUUAUUCGCGGACAAGCUCCAAAACAUAGAAUCCCUUUGCCGUUAAUAGAAACGAGCACGUCUGCGUCGCCCAUCGAAUUCGUUUGAGUUUUCGACAUCAUAUCUUCGUUUGCUAAUCAGUGUCAGUUAGACAAAAGUUAUAACAGAAGGAAAAGCAAAAAAAGCAGCAAUUUUUUUCAACUCCGAUUUUCUGUCAAGCUAGAGAGCAGAAAUUUUGUUUCUUGUUUCUCGAAAGGAAAGUAAACUCUCAGAAUUGACGUCUCUCAAGAGCAAGUCGCGUAUCGAGGUAACGCCAGGAUAAGAAAAUUGCUCGUCGCUCUGAAUGAAGAACGAGAUUCUUGGCGUAUUUUUAUCCCUGAAGAGACGACAAUCGAGUUAUUAAAAGAUCCAAAUUCUAAUCGCAAUUUUCGAAAUACAAUUCGCACGAUAUGUCCGGGAACUAUUCGGUGCGCUGUGAGCCGGGUCUGGUGAUACCGCUCUGGCGUCCGCAGGAGAACCUGCACCUGAUCGACAUCAUCUUCCGGGGCCUGGUGUAUUUCAUCCUGCUGUUAUAUCUGUUCAUCGGCGUGUCGAUCAUCAGUGAUCGUUUCAUGGCGGCUAUCGAGGUAAUCACGUCCAAGGAAAAGGAGCUGGUGGUGCGUCGUCACGGUAGAGAGCCGCAGAUUGUCAUCGUGCGAGUAUGGAAUGAGACGGUAGCUAAUCUGACUCUGAUGGCGCUUGGCAGCAGCGCGCCCGAGAUCCUGCUGUCUAUCAUCGAGAUCUGGGCGAAGAAUUUCCAAGCCGGCGAACUGGGCCCAGGCACGAUCGUCGGUUCCGCCGCCUACAACCUCUUCGUCAUCAUUGCCCUGUGCGUGUUCGUGAUUCCGAAUGGCGAGACCCGGAAGAUAAAGCAUCUGCGCGUCUUUUUCGUUACCGCCACCUGGAGCAUCUUCGCCUAUGUGUGGCUCUAUAUUAUCCUGGCGGUCUCCAGUCCGGGCGUGCUGGAGAUCUGGGAGGGCAUACUGACUUUCGCCUUCUUCCCAGCCACGGUGUUGACGGCUUACGUCGCUGAUCGUCGAUUACUGAUCUACAAGUAUCUGCACAAGGGCUAUCGGAUGAAUAAGCGCGGUGUGAUCGUGCAGGCGGAGGCCGGGGAUUCCGAGAUAGGGGUGGAGCUGGAGAUCAAGCCGCAGCAAGAUGGUCUCCACAGCAUGGUGGACCGCCUGGGCGACAUUGACUCCCCCGAAACGAGAGAGUUCGAGCAAACCCGAAGAGAUUACAUCAACACCUUGAAGGAAUUGCGGAAAAAGUAUCCCACUCUGCCGUUGGAGCAACUAGAGGUCAUGGCUCACGAGGAGGUGCUGGGCAAGGGUCCGAAGAGCAGGGCUUUCUACAGAGUGCAGGCUACGAGAAAAAUGGUAGGCGCUGGCAAUCUCAGCAGAAAGAUCAGCGAAAGGGCGCAGAGCGACCUCAGCGAGGUCAAGGCCGAGUUGCAGAAAGCGGAGGCCGAGAGUAUCGAUAUCGAGAAUGUCAACGCUAUGAGAGUGUUCUUCGAGCCAGGUCAUUACACCGUGAUGGAGAACGUUGGAACCUUCGAGGUGGGAGUCACCAGAGCCGGUGGUGAUCUUAAUAAAGCCUGCAGCGUGGAUUAUUGCACGGAGGACGGCUCUGCUGAAGCGGGAUCUGACUAUGUGAGCGCCAAGGGCACUCUGACCUUCGAAUCCGGCGAGACCAAGAAGACCAUCAAGCUUUCGGUUAUCGACGACGAGUUGUUCGAAGAGGACGAGCAUUUCUAUGUCAGACUCAGCAACGUAACACAGCCAGCAAUGCUUGUCUCGCCGAGCCUGGCGACGGUGAUGAUCUUGGAUGACGAUCACAGCGGCAUCUUCGGCUUCCCCGAGAGAGAUGUGGAGCUGGUGGAAAGCGUGGGCCAGUAUCCUUUGCGGAUGGUACGCUACAGCGGAGCCCGGGGCCGCGUCAUCAUCCCUUAUCGCACCGUGGAGGGUACCGCGAAGCCUGGCAAACAAUACGUGCACACUGAGGGCAGCCUGACCUUCGAGGAUAAUCAGACAGAGUGAGUGACAUAACGAUAAUCCCUGAUGAAUUAUGAGAUUAGUCGAGUGAAAUCGAUCGCGUUAAGAAGAGAAAGAGAGAGUUAAUUAUUCGAAAUACGCGUAUGCACUCUAUCUUUCCGCGUCUUUAUGAUUCUCUUUUCUAUUUCGGCCUUGGAGUCAUCGACCUAUACAGUGGCGGGCUUUAGCAACGAGCUCUUUGCUUUAAUGACGAGUGUCGCUGGGAAAAAACAAACUUCUAUUGAAGAGAAGCAAGAGAUGUUUGAAAAGUAACGCAGGAUCGAUAAAAUUCUAAUUUUCAAGAAAAAAGGAAGAAGGAAUUGAGUGCAUUUAUAAGUAAUCUCUUUCUC